AUGUCUUCCAAAUCUACAACAAACAGAACAAACUGUUCUAGGAGCAGCUCUGCUCGAUCGAAACAUGGGGCUCGUGUGGUUGCUCAGACCCCUAUUGAUGCAAAGCUUCAUGUGGAUUUUGAAGAUUCUCAAAGAGAAUUCAAUUACUCUACUUCCAUUAACUUAAACACAUCCACCUCCACUAGCAAUGUCCCCUCCUCUGCUGUAUCAGCUUAUCUCCGGAAGAUACAGAGGGGAAGUCUCAUUCAGCCCUUUGGUUGUCUUAUUGCUAUUGAUCAACAGAACUUUAGUGUCCUUGCAUACAGCGAAAACGCCCCAGAAAUGUUAGAUUUGGCCCCUCAUGCGGUCCCAAGCAUUGAGCAGCAAGAGGCUCUGACUUUUGGAACGGAUGUUAGAACACUCUUUAGAUCCUCAAGUGCUGCUGCACUGCAAAAAGCUACCAAUUUUGGGGAAGUUAAUCUACUCAAUCCGAUUUUGGUUCAUUGUAGAAAUUCAGGUAAGCCAUUCUAUGCAAUUCUACAUCGAAUUGAUGUUGGAUUAGUUAUAGAUUUAGAGCCCGUGAAUCCAGCUGAUGUGCCAGUGACGGCUGCUGGAGCGUUAAAAUCAUAUAAGCUAGCAGCUAAAGCCAUCUCAAGAUUGCAAUCUUUGCCUAGUGGGAAUAUAUCAUUGUUAUGUGAUGUGUUAGUUAAAGAAGUUAGUGAUUUAACGGGUUAUGAGAGAGUUAUGGUGUAUAAGUUUCAUGAAGAUGAACAUGGUGAAGUAGUUGCUGAGUGCUGCAGGCCCGAUCUGGAACCUUAUCUUGGCUUGCAUUACCCCGCUACUGAUAUACCACAAGCUUCAAGGUUUCUCUUCAUGAAAAAUAAGGUUAGGAUGAUAUGUGAUUGCUUGGCACCACCAGUUAAAGUAAUGCAAGACAAGGGAUUGAGUCAAUCAUUGAGUCUUUGUGGAUCCACGCUGAGAGCUGCUCAUGGGUGUCAUGCACAAUAUAUGGCAAAUAUGGGUUCCCUGGCAUCUCUUGUUAUGUCGGUGACGAUCAAUGAGGAUGAUGAUGAGAUGGAUAGUGAUCAACAAAAGGGAAGAAAGUUGUGGGGCUUGGUGGUUUGUCAUCACACAACCUCCAGGUUUGUUCCAUUCCCUUUGAGGUAUGCCUGUGAGUUCUUGAUUCAAGUUUUUGGUGUUCAGAUUAACAAGGAAGUGGAGUUGGCAGCUCAACUGAGGGAGAAGCAUAUUUUGCGAACUCAAACUGUUCUUUGCGACAUGCUCCUAAGAGAUGCACCUGUGGGAAUUGUCAAUCAAUCACCUAAUGUGAUGGAUCUUGUUAGGUGUGAUGGAGCUGCACUGUAUUACAAGAACAAAUUUUGGUUGCUUGGGGUCACCCCUACAGAGGCGCAGAUCAGAGAUCUAGCUGAAUGGCUUCUUGAAGACCACAAUGGGAGUACAGGGUUAAGUACUGAUAGUCUCAUGGAAGCUGGUGUUCCAGGUGCUGCCAUUCUUGGUGAUGCAGUAUGUGGAAUGGCUGCUGUGAAAAUAACUUCAAAAGAUUUUGUCUUUUGGUUCCGGUCACACACAGCUAAGGAGAUCAAGUGGGGUGGGGCAAAACAUGAUCCGGAUGACAAGGAUGAUGGAAGAAAGAUGCACCCUAGGUCAUCAUUCAAGGUCUUCCUGGAGGUGGUUAAGAGGCGGAGCUUACCUUGGGAAGAUGUGGAAAUGGAUGCAAUCCAUUCCUUACAGCUGAUACUGAGAGGAUCUUUGCAAGAUGAGAUCGUAGAUGAUUCCAAAAUGAUCGUGAAUGUGCCAUUUGUCGAUACUAGUAUAGAAAGAGUGGAUGAGCUCCGUAUUGUGACGAACGAAAUGGUUCGACUCAUUGAGACAGCUUCAGUCCCCGUCUUGGCUGUUGGUGCCUCAGGUAAUAUAAAUGGGUGGAAUACUAAAGUAGCUGAGCUGACUGGAUUGGCUGUGCAGCAAGCUAUUGGCAUGCUCUUAGUCGAUUUAGUCGUGGAUGAUUCUAUUGACGUAGUGAAAAACAUGCUUUCUUCAGCUUUGCAAGGUACAGAAGAGAAAAAUGUUGAAAUCAAACUUAAAACAUUUGGUCCUCAGGAAAGUAAUGGUCCUGUUAUCUUGGUGGCAAAUGCAUGUUGUAGUCGAGAUGUGAAGGGAAAUAUUGUAGGGGUAUGCUUUAUUGGCCAUGAUGUUACUGGGCAAAAGUUAAUUAUGGACAAAUAUACCCGAAUCCAAGGAGAUUAUGUUGGAAUCUUGCGGAACACUUGUGCACUUAUUCCUCCGGUGUUUAUGAUGGACGAUAACGGUCGGUGCUUGGAAUGGAACUAUGCAAUGCAGAAUUUGUCUGGUGUCAAGAGGGAAAAAGCCACUGAUAGAAUGCUUCUUGGGGAGGUCUUUACUGUUGAUAAUUUUGGUUGUCGUGUUAAAGAUCAAGAUACAUUAACCAAGCUCAGAAUAUUAAUGAAUGGGGUACUUGCCGGCCAGGAUGCAGAUAAAAUGUUAUUCGGGUUCUUUGAUAAGCAGGGCAAGCAUGUCGAAGCAUUACUUUCUGCAAACAAAAGGACCAAUGCAGAGGGAAGGAUAACAGGGGUUUUGUGCUUUUUGUGUGUUGCUAGUCCAGAACUUCAAUAUGCAAUGCAUGUGCAAAGGAUAUCAGAACAGGCUGCAGCUAAUAGCCUCACAAAAUUAGCUUAUGUUCGUCGUGAAAUUAAAAAUCCUUUAAAUGGCAUAAAGUGUGUUCAGGAUCUAAUGAAAUCUUCUAACUUAAGUGAAGAGCAGAGGCAGCUUUUGAAGAGGAGCACGCUGUGUCAGGAACAAUUAGCUAAGAUUGUUGAUGACAACGAUGUUGAGAGUAUUGAGGAAUGGUACGAUCAUCUGUCUCAAACUUAUUUAUAUGGUUGUUAUGCAAUGGAUGAACCGAUUAGUUUCUAA